GACAUGAAUAUUUUGUUGGUUCCCUUGCAUAAUGUUGUCCUAAAAUGUGAACUGUUCCAGGGAGAAGCAAAGCUCGCUGUGCGCCCAGCACUGCCUAUUCCGGGUGUGACGCUGAUCCUGGGCAACGACCUAGUGGGUGCUAAGGUCUGGGCUGGGGUCCCGCCGCCGCCGGCAGUGGUGACCUCUGUUCCCUUGGUAACAGAGGAAGAUGAUGAGGGUGAAAAGAAGAGUGUAAAGAAGAAGCGGAAAAGGAAGAAGUCGUCGGCCAGGAAAGCUUCAGACGGCUCGGCUGCAGAGUCUGAUGCGGAGAGCAAGAAGAAGAAGAAAAUCAAGGAGGAAGGUGAUGAGAAGGACGAGAAGAGCCGGCACAGGAAGAGAAAGGCGGAGCGAAUUCACAAGGACUCUUCCUCAGGGUCCUCGGUGGUCUCUGAAGGGGAAGAGGCUGUUGACGCCAAGAAGAAAAAUAGAAGCAGUGAAGAGAAGGACAGAAUAACAAAAUCCAAGAAGAAGAGGCGGAAGAAGCACAAGAAGCACGGGAGGAAGAGUAAGAAGAGGACGGCGUCGGGCUCGGAGCACGACUAGGACCCGCGGCCUCAUCGCUGGGACCUCACUCACUACAGACUGUCCAAACCAGAGAUUGAUAAGAUGGUCACUGUUCCUGCAAUCCUAUGCCCUGGACAUUCGUCAUGUUAAAGGGGCGGAGAACGUGGUGGCCGAUGCCCUGUCACGGGCUCCUCAUGACUGAGGUCCGGUCUCCGUUGGUCCUUUUUGCCUCUGUCUGUCUUGCACCCCUUAAAGUGCUUCCGUGGUACCGGUUGCUGGGGUGAAGGCCUGUGACAGUGGGCAGGCGGCCAUUGGAGUAGAGGUUGGGUAUGACAGGGAGUAGAUAGUAUAUAUUUAUCUAAGGUUAAAUGGGUUGCCGGUGAUCCCUUUGGGACUCCGUCUUUAUGGGGG